AGAGAAAGAAAGGGGUGUCAGUUUCCUAGGUUUGUGAUAGUUUAGCAUUGGUCUUCAGGUAAACCUGAAAGCCCUGUAGCGUAGGUAUUUGUUGAAUCGUUGAACAAGAUUGAUUCAUACGGGUCUAUCGAAUUCUUACGUUUUUGCAGCUCCUGGUUUUUGUCUAAGAGCAUUUCAACAUAUUCUUUAGCCUACUUUCAUCUUCGUAAAAACAAAUGUUUUGAAAUUAACAAAUCGGUAAGGUAUGCUGUGUAUGGGAACAAAGUAUAAUAAGUUUGGACCUGGGAAGAGGACGUUAGAAGGAAUUUAAGCUUUGAUAUGUACCAGAUACAAAUUAACCGUCGUUGCCCAAUUCCGUAGUUCUAAGUAAGUUUACAGUGAAUGACCCCUGAACACCAUGAUGAAAGUCCUGAACGCACUCACUGAUGGUUUCUUGUAAUCUAUGCUGUGUUCCAACCAAUAAAAUCAUUAUACUCAACUAUGUUGGCGGGUGUGUAGAAAUUUUGUAGUUCUUUGCUGGAAGUUCUCCAUUUUAUAACUUGCGAUAUUUGUGAAUAUUUUGUAAUAACAAUUAUUCCGUGUGAAAUGAGUGUGCUUAUAUCAAGUGAUUUACCACUAAUAAAAGAUUUGGAUGCACUUUUAAGAUGUGGAAUAUGUUAUGAGUAUAUGAAAACUUCCAUGAUCACAUCAUGUUGCCAUAAUUAUUGUUCACUGUGUAUUCGCAAAUCACUGCUGUAUAAAGCACAGUGCCCUGCAUGUUUUGAGGAUGCAUUUGAUUAUCAGCUGCGUAACAACAGAAUUCUAGAUGAUAUAAUUGAAGUUUUUGUUAGGCUCUCAGCUGAAGUUGAAACGUUUAUGCAGAACUAUAGAAAACUGUCAGAAUCUCAGAACAAAGUAAACAUAAAACUGGAUUUUAUUCAGAAUUCAAGUUCCAAACCAGAUUCGAGAGAAAUAAAUAAUGUUAAUAAUGAAUCUUCAAGCCAGAGAGAUACGAGGGCAGCCUUUGAAAACCUGUCAGAAUCUACCAAUAGUCUUCUCACAUCAUCUUAUGUACCUGAAUCAGAAAACAUGGGAACUAAAGUAGAUUUAAGUGAUGGCUGUGAUUAUGUAAGUUUGCAAAAUGCGUCAUCUGUAAAGCACCCACAUCAGUCACCUGCUCGUGAAACCAUGGUCUCCAAAGGCAAAAUGCCAAUUCCAUCACUGUUCAGUAUUCCAGAGAACAGUAAUACAAGUUCAAGUUUGGUGCCAUGUCCCGUAUGUAACAUUGACAUUCCAGAAAGGAAUAUCAAUGUACAUUUAGAUGCGUGUUUGAAGAGAUCAGAACACACUGCGCAGCACAGUUCUCCAACAAAAGUACAGAAGAGAAAGCCUUUACCAAAACUAGUAUAUUCCUUACUUCAUGAGAAGGAAUUGAGGAAGAUGCUAAAACAGAAAGGCUUAAGCACACAUGGUGACCGUAAAGCUCUCAUCAGCCGUCACCAACGAUUCACUUUACUGUACAAUUCAGAAAAUGACACCUUAAAUCCAAGGUCAAUUGCUGAUUUAAUUAAGCAGAUUGAGAGGGAAGAACAAGAAGAAAACAAAGUCUGCAGUGUAUCCACCACAUGGAAUAAGUUGAAAAUAGACAGAAAGACAGAUCCUAAAUUGAUUCAGCAGGCUCAGCAUCGUUACAUGCAACAAAAUAAAGCCAGUUUUGAAAAUCUAAUUCAGUCCAUUAAAAAACGGGAAGCAGAAAAGAAAACUGCAGUUGAACAAAACUUGGUUGUAAAUGAUGGAAAAGAUGCUCGUAUUGGAAUUGCUGUAGACGUCAAUAAAGAAACAUGUGCACAAAAAGAAGUUGAUCAGAAAACUCCUAUGGAAAGCUGUGGAACUGUUACUGAAGCAGGUCAUGCUAUGGUAGUGAAUGGAAUUGGCUUGUGUGAACCUUCUGUCAGUAUGUCUCCGACAGAUGACACUGCAAACAUCAGUAAUGUUGGUGGUAAUGUGAACUGUAAUGAAAAUAUAAUUGAGACUGCAUUUCAUAUGAAUUAUGAAACUGAUACAGAAGAAGCUGUGUCUCCAGUUCUGGGCAGAAAUAUAGCUACUGUUUGUGCAGGAGAUGAAAGUGAGAAUUAUUCUAAAGGAGAAUCAACUCAGAAUUUAUCACUGGAUAUGUUUGAGAAGAGUUUUUCCAGGUCAGGUGUGCAGAAAUGCGGUUCUCCAGUACAAAAGUCUAAGGAGAUUGAGAGGGAAGAGAAUAGUGAUUCUUGUAACAACCAAAACUUCAGUCUUCUAGCAGAACACACACAAGAGACUACACUUGAAAGUAAUCUGCAAAAUACUGCGUGUGAGGUACAUGAAACACUAGCCGCAAGAAGGAUGCAUAAACGAUUGAUUUCACAGCUUGAUGAUCCAGACAUUGAACAUAAUUCUGAGGAUAAUUUGAGUGACUUUGAGGUUAGAGAAAUGCCUAUUAGAAGAAGAAGAAAAACUACAAGGAAAUCUCCGCAACCUUCAUCAAGCAAAGAAGAAAGAAUUCUCAGAAAAAGAGUGAAACGCUAACUACAUUUUUAGAUAUGAAUGUUAAACAAAGUACAGUUUAUGUUUGUGAAUUUCAGAAAGAUAUAUUUUAGUGUGUUCAUACCCAUACUGCUGUUUAAUAUGGAAAGAAUUAUGCCUAUUAUUUUAAUGCAA